UUGUGGCUGUCGAGGAUGGGGGUCUGUGGGUACCUGUUCCUGCCAUGGAAGUGCCUCGUGGUCGUGUCUCUCAGGCUGCUGUUCCUUGUACCCACAGGAGUGCCCGUGCGCAGCGGAGAUGCCACCUUCCCCAAAGCUAUGGACAACGUGACGGUCCGGCAGGGGGAGAGCGCCACCCUCAGGUGUACCAUAGAUGACCGAGUCACCCGAGUGGCCUGGCUAAACCGCAGCACCAUCCUAUAUGCCGGGAAUGACAAGUGGUCCAUAGACCCUCGUGUGAUCAUCUUGGUCAACACACCAACCCAGUACAGCAUCAUGAUCCAGAACGUGGAUGUAUAUGAUGAGGGCCCAUACACCUGCUCUGUGCAGACGGACAACCACCCCAAAACUUCCCGGGUUCACCUCAUAGUUCAAGUUCCUCCCCAGAUCAUGAACAUCUCCUCAGAUAUCACGGUGAAUGAGGGAAGCAGCGUGACCCUGCUGUGUCUUGCUAUCGGCAGACCAGAGCCAACAGUGACAUGGAGACACCUGUCUGUCAAGGAGGGCCAGGGCUUUGUGAGUGAGGAUGAAUACCUGGAAAUCUCUGACAUCAAACGUGACCAGUCUGGGGAGUAUGAAUGCAGCGCCUUGAAUGAUGUCGCUGCACCUGACGUGCGGAAAGUAAAAAUCACUGUAAACUACCCUCCCUAUAUCUCAAAAGCGAGGAACACCGGUGUCUCAGUUGGUCAGAAAGGCAUCUUGAGCUGCGAAGCCUCUGCAGUGCCUGCGGCUGAAUUCCAAUGGUUCAAGGAGGACACCAGGCUAGCCACCGGCCUGGACGGCGUGAGAAUUGAGAACAAAGGCCGCAUAUCCACUCUGACUUUCUUCAAUGUUUCAGAAAAGGAUUAUGGGAACUAUACUUGUGUGGCCACAAACAAGCUGGGGAACACCAAUGCCAGCAUCACACUGUAUGAAAUAAGCCCCUCAUCAGCAGUGGCAGGGCCUGGAGCAGUCAUUGAUGGUGUAAACUCGGCCUCUAGAGCGCUGGCGUGUCUCUGGCUAUCAGGGGCCCUCUUUGCCCACUUCUUCAUCAAGUUUUGAUAAGAAACCAUAGGUCCU